AUGGUUUCACCACCUGGUGAUAAAGUUGCACGUUCAGCACUGUCGUCACUGAUCCACGGAAUGGCUGAAACCAAACAAGCAUUACUGUCGCGUUAUGUCAAGAGAAACGGAAGUUCAGCAUCGAUUGCAUUGCUAUAUCCACAUAUCAAAGCCAACUAUGAAUGUCUCUAUGUUUGUCAACUUCCAUUCCUUGACGAUUUGAAACAAUAUCAAUUCCCACCGAUCGCACCCACCAACCCGGCAACAAGAAAACCAUUCAUUCCGACAGCGGAACAAGUCGAUGCUACACGAGCACGAUCGAGCACUUCAUCCGGAAUCACAACUUCCAAAACUCGAUCCGAUCAUCUCGAAAUAUAUCUCCCGAUGAAGCGAUUAUGGAGAAUGCACAAGAUGCAAUAA